UCACCCGUGACUCUUGUUCCUCACGUUAGAGAAUCCACGCCGGGCCGCCGGUGCCUCUCCCGUCCCCUCGCGUGCGCCCUGUCGUCUCUGCCGCCGCCGACUGGAACGCCGCCGCCGCCCUACGCCGGGUGCCUAACCUUCUCCAGCGACGAGCACCCACCAGGUUCAGUUAGUGGUCCAUUGAAGUGAAACUGUAUUGCUAUCUUCAACUACUGGGGUCAUGGCCUACGAGAUUAGCGAAAUCAAAAAGAUUGGCAUAGGUCUCGUGGGGUUUGGCAUCCUAUUCUCAUUCCUUGGUGUUAUCCUUUUCUUCGAUAGGGGCUUGUUGGCUCUGGGUAAUAUUUUCUUUUUGACUGGAGUGGGUCUGUUACUCGGUUGGCAAUCUAUGUGGCAGCUUUUCACAAAGAAGGCAAACCUUAAGGGAUCAGUACCUUUCUUCUUUGGUUUGUUUCUUCUGUUUGUCCGUUGGCCUGUUGCUGGUAUCAUCAUGGAACUAUAUGGAUCUUUUGUGCUCUUCAGUGGUUAUGGGCCUCCUAUCCAGGCCUUCCUGUAUCAAAUACCAAUCAUUGGUUGGAUUCUGCAGUACCCAUUCCAGCUGUUUGGUCAGUUGAGGCGUAAGCGUACGUGAAAAGUUCUGCAACUGCCAAGAUACUCUUUGACUCUUCAUGGGAAAAAUAGUAUGCUGUUGCGAUGUUAAUACAAGACUCUCCUGUACCCUUCACCUUGCGUGGAAACGAUCGUUCAACUCUCUUGUGCAUAUUCACACCCUUUUUGCCAGCAGGCUAUAUGGUUAUUGUUCAUAUUUAUAGACAAUUAGAGCUUCAGAUUUCAGAAGUUGCUGGAUGCUCUAUUGAAACAGGAGGACCUCAGUGCAUUUCGCCAUCCCAACAACAAUGGGGCCCGAGUGAUCGCACCUGGUUUAUUUCUGAUUCUGGAUUCUGGAGGCAAUUUGCCACAAUAUUUUGCAAGUUGCAAGAAAUCCGUGGAGAAAAAUAUAUAAAACAAAACCUUAGAGGGAGCUUGAUGGCUCACCUAAUGACUAACGUGUGCUAUCUGCUUCAAUUUUUUUUUGUCAGAUGAAAUGUUCUUCAUAUGGUUAGAUGCCCUUGGUAUUUGAAUUUCGUUGCAUAUGGUGACAUGUAUGAUUAUUUCAGCUGAAGAGCGGUACCUUUUUCCCUUUGUUUUGAUUGGAAAUGUGAUGAUGCUGAUGACUAGAAAAGUGUCCAA